AUGUCGCAUCUUUUCGAGAAUGCGGCAGUCGAGCUGCUGCGCAAAGAAGGCACUGUUGCCGCUGCUGAAGCCCUCGCUGGCAAAACGUACGUGCUUGUCUACUUCUCCGCCCACUGGUGCCCGCCAUGCCGCAGCUUCACGCCAAAGCUAAAGGCGUUCUACGAGAAGCAUCACGUAACCCACAGCUUUCAGGUUCUCUUCAUCUCCAGCGACAGCUCGCCAGAUGAGAUGAAGACGUACUUCAACGAAGCGCACGGAGACUGGCUCGCUUUACAAUACAAGGAUGCGCAGACGAUCGGCCGAGAGUGGGCCCAGCAGCACGGACUCGUUUCGAUUCCGUCGCUGCUAGUUCUGGAAAACAACGCCGAGCGACGUUUGGUGACGAGUUAUGGUCGCGACAUGGUACUGCGUGACCCGGAAGCACAGAGCUUUCCGUGGCAUAACGCCGCCGCCAUCAUCAACGCAGCCCGACGCUCCUUCAUGCAAAAAACGGCAGCCAUUGUGGUACUGGCGAUCCUCCUGCUGACUUUGCUCAUCCAGUGA